UAGGAUCACAUCUCAGAUCUAUUAGUGAGUGUGGAGACUGGUCAGUUAUUUUUGUAGGGGUUGAGUGAUCAUCGGAUCCACCAUUUGAUUUUUACUGAAUGAAGGAUCUAAAAUGAAUUCUAUGAACCUCGAGAUAAUUGCCUUAGUCGUCGAGUUUUGUGGCUGGGUCCUGGUAUGCUGUACCUUGCCUAUUGACUACUGGAAAUCGGCUUCACUUGAUGGCAACAUCAUAACCACUGCUGUCCUCUGGUCCAACCUCUGGAAGAGCUGCUUCACAGAUUCGACUGGAGUUACCGACUGCAGGGACUUGUCAGGCAUACUGGGACAGGAACAUCACAUCCAAGCUUGCAGAGGCCUCAUGAUUUGUUGUGUGACACUGGGGUUUUUCGGAGCCAUAUUUGCCUUGUUUGGGAUGAGGUGUACAAGGAUUGGGGGAACAGACACCACCAAAGCUAAGAUUGCCUGUGUGGCAGGAGGCUGUUACAUAGUUGGAGGUUUGUGCUCUUUGAGUGCAUACUCACUAUAUGCAAACAGAAUAACUGCAAUAUUUUUUGACCCUACUUAUAUGGACCAAAAAUAUGAAUUGGGAAGUCCUUUGUUUAUUGGCUGGUCAGGCUCUGCACUCUGCAUUGUAGGUGGAUCAAUUUUCUGUUUAAUAAAUGGAAAAGAUUCUAAGUCAAAAAGGAAUAUUUACAGUUACACUGGAGGAUCAUCAUAUAUCACCCCUAACCGUAAAACUCAGAUGUCCAUGCGGGAGUAUAGAAGCCAAUCAAAAGACUCUAAAACUCAGAGGUCCAUGCGGGAGUAUAGAAGCCAAUCAAAAGACUUUGACAGAGAUGCUUACGUUUAACAGAAAGAAGAGACAGUCGAACUGGAGUGUACUUACUGUACUGAACGUUCAUACUUACCAACUGACUUUGUACACGGCAGCAAUGAGUGCACUAUUGCUUACUAUUUGCAGUAUGUCGGGUUUCGUAGUCACAAAUGACAAUGUUUGUGAGAUCACACAGGGUGAGAUUUUCAACACUAGUUACAGGAAUUCAAACAAUCCAGACAUUUUAUUUAGGGUUUUAUAAGUAGACUCUUAUUUGUUUUAGAAUUUGCAUUGGUAUUUUUUUUCCUUUCUGAAAAAUAAAUAAUUGCUAAUGACGAUUUGGAAAAAAAUAGCUUUCUAGCCGUGGGUAUUCUGGCCCAUAGUUAUUAUUAUUUAUUUCUUAGCAGACGCCCUUAUCCAGGGCGACUUACAAUUGUUACAAGAUAUCACAUUAUUUUUACAUACAAUUACAUUAUUUUUACAUACAAUUCCCCAUUUAUACAGUUGGGUUUUUACUGGAGCAAUCUAGGUAAAGUACCUUGCUCAAGGGUACAGCAGCAGUGUCCCCACCGGGGAUUGAACCCAUGACCCUCCGGUCAAGAGUCCAGAGCCCUAACCACUACUCCACACUGCUGCCCUAGUUAUGAAUUUCAAACAAGUGCAUCAAAUUAUGGGUCUCGAGUAGUUUAAAAAUACAUAGUGUACUUUUACUGUGUUUUUUUGGUAAUUACUCAUGUAUGUAUAUAUUGUUUGUAAUUGUCUUAGAAAUAUCCAAUUUUAUUUCAAAUGUUCUCUAUGUUGCCAUAUUACUGUGAGAAUACCUAGAACACAAUAGAAGAUUUUUUUCCCCCUUUAGUUUAAAAAAAUGAUCUCUCUUAAAAUGACUUAUUUUCCAAUAAAAAAUACAUAGCAGUACAACCAUCAACCUUUACUUUUUUGAAUGCUGUUUUGUGGUGUCUGUAAAUAAAGUUUGUUUGGGAGGGGGAAAAAAUGUCACUUCAUCAAUUGUGCUCUGACUCUGAUUGGCUUGGUGGUAUCACACCACAUUGGCUUGCGAUAAGAUAUAGCUUGCGAUGCGACAAAACCACAUUGCCGUAUUUCAUUUUUAUGAACAAGCACAAUAAGUUUUAUAACUGAUACCCAAGACUUUAAAUUAAAUGUUUGUUGGCAUAGCAA